CAUAUUAAUGGUUUUCUCAACGGUCAAUAACGACCCCUCCCCAAAUAUGCAAAUAUUCAUCCUCUGUAACCCCAAAACAAAAUUCAAAUGAACGCAAACUCUGUAUCUUCCUCACCAUGUCCAUCCCCAUCUUCCUGUUAUCGCUUCUUAGCACCCUAACCGCCGGCCAACCACCACCGCCUCUUCGCGGCUACCUCAUAAACUGCGGUUCCAAAAACGACCUCGUACAAGACGGCAUCAAAUACACAAAAGACGACUCCUACACCGUCACCGGAACCCUCAAAACCCUAAACCGCACCGACAUCCUCUCCGUCCUCACCACUCUCCGCUACUUCCCUUACGGCAAAAACGGCAAACACUGCUACACCUUUCCGGUCACUAACGGCGCCAAAUUCCUCAUCCGCACCACCUACUUUUACGGUGGUUUCGACGGCGGCACUGAGCCUCCGAUUUUCGAUCAAAUUAUUGACGGAACAACGUGGAGCACCGUUAACACGACGGAGGAUUACCGGAACGGACUCAGCUCGUAUUACGAGAUUAUUGUAACGGCUAAUGAUAAAACGGUUAGCGUGUGUUUUGCGUGUAACGAACACACGAAAUCUGGUUCGAAUCCGUUUAUUAAUUCGUUAGAGGUGUUGGAUCUCGAUUCGUCGUUGUAUAAUUCGACGGAUUUUGGCAAGUAUGGAUUGGUUACGGUUGCGAGGAGUAUUUUUGCUUUUGAUGGUGAUAUUGUACGUUUUCCAGAUGAUCCGUUCAACCGGUACUGGCAACCGUUUGUCGAUGGAAACCCUGCAGUUGAGGCGCACGCAAACGUAACCUCAUCAGAAUUUUGGAACCGGCCACCAGCAAAGGUAUUCCUCAGCGGAGCAACAACCAGCCGAGGGAAGAAUCUGACGUUACAGUGGCCGCCAUUUUCUCUGCCUACCAACCGCUACUAUGUGGCGUUGUACUUCCAGGACAGCCGGAGUACUAGUCCUUAUAGUUGGAGAGUAUUCACCGUUCUCAUCAACAGUGAAACUUUUUAUCAGGAUCUUAAUGUCACGACGAAAGGUGUGACGGUUUACGGCACGGAAUGGCCGCUCUCCGGUGACACACAGAUUACUUUGACUCCAAGAAGUGAUAUGCCAGUGGGCCCCACGAUUAACGCCGGGGAGAUUUAUCAGAUCUUGCCUCUUGCUGGAACAACUCUUGGUAGAGAUGUAAUGGCAUUGCAAAUGUUGAGGCAAAGCAUAAGAAACCCGCCAGAUGAUUGGAACGGAGAUCCAUGCUUGCCGAAAGAACAUCCUUGGUUGGGAAUAGGCUGUUCUGAAGGGAAAGAAAUACGGGUUACCAGUUUGAACCUAAAGGGGCUCUCACUAAUAGGGACAUUACCUAAAGAAAUUGCAGGAUUGACUGCUCUUAAAGAAAUUCGGCUAAGCAUGAACAAGUUAACGGGUCCUAUCCCUGAUUUGAGUCCAUUGAAGUCUUUGGAAAUCCUACAUCUUGAUGAAAACGAAUUCGAGGGGCCGUUCCCAGAUGCUCUAGGCACACUUCCAAACCUUCGUGAACUAUUAUUAAACAAAAACAGAUUGAGUGGAGGACCUCCCCAAAACCUUAUCGAAAGAAAAGGCAUGAUUUUAAGAACGUAGAAGCACGGAUUUUUUGGCGGGUUAAGACACUAUUUAGACAAUCGGUAUAUUUGGGAAGAACAGUAGAGCGAGACCUGAACCUCGGUCUGUAUUAACCUUCAUGCUUUUUUAUUAUGUAGCAACUUAGAACGGAAUUUAUAACAGAUAACAGCACGUCUUGAAGAGAUUAUUUGUAGUUAUACUUCAAUGAGUCUUCAAGAUUACAAAAGAUUGGUUUUAAAAUGCUCGCAUAAUGCGUGAUGCGUCCGGUGCGCCGAUGAGAACACAUCACCACAUCUGAUGCGUUGUGUUUACGUGAUACGAGAAUAUUGUGCCAAUUUCGCAUAAUGCACUCGUCGCAUAAUGUGCUAUGAUGCACACAACAUUGUUUCUUAUGUUCUUUUUCCAGAUUUUAUGAAAUGGGUUGGGUUUUUCAAUAAUUAAUAUCUUAGUAUGCUUAAUUUGGACCCUUAAACACUUUUUGUGAUUCUAGAAACAUUUUAGCAUGCUUGAUUUGAACCAAAAAACACAACUCUUAUCUUCUUAUUACGUCAUUUGUUUUACUUUAAGUAUGUUUUUAUAAGUUAUUAUGUAAAAUAUUUUUUUAGUAUUUUUUUAUAAAGAGCGCAUCGCAUAUGUGAUGCACUCCCAUCGCGCAUCAGAUUUUUGGACCAAAUGCAUAGGUGCGCAUCAUGCAAUUUAAAGCCAUUAAAGAAUGUUGUUGUAGGACAAUUAUACUUUUGGGCGAUCAGUAGUAAAAGUUAGUAAAUUUAUACUCGGCAAAAAGUCGUUUCAAUAUGCCCGUAGAUCUUUAAGGCACAAAUGGUUUUAAUAGUACUCUUUAAGGUUGGUAAUGGGCAGUCUUCUUUAUGCUUUCUUUCUGGUUUUAGCCUUUUUUGUAGCGUACCAACUACCAAGAGACCAAGACUUCUUUACUCCAACUCAAGGACUCGAGUCUUAAGGUUUGCCAUUCUAGAUUUUUUUAUUUGUUUGAUUAUUUGACUGUUAAUUUAUUAAUAUAAUUACAUAUAUUCUUUCACUUUC